AUGAGCAGUUCUGGCCUGCGUCUAGCGUCGUCCUCCCUUACGGGUGCAUUGUCUGCAUGGAAGACCACGAAACAUCCAAGGCAAUUUUGGGGUGCACGGAGACACCUGCACUCUCGAAUAGAACUCAACUACAAGGUCGAUGAGGGCCUUGCAAACUUCAUGUCGCCAAGGACGCUUAAAAUGGUUUCCGAGGAGUACCAACAAGGUCUCCUUGACCGGCUGAACGAGAUGUUCCCUGAUGCUGCUGACCAGCGAAAGAGUGUCACACAACUCGUGAUCGACACUGCCAGCUCUGGAAAAGAUGCCCUCGGCUUCUCCUAUGCAAGCCACGCCCUUAACAACUCAUUCUUCCUCAACUGCCUCAGACCUCCGCAAAAUGAUGAGCGCUACGAAGAUACCAUUCACAAUCUUUUUAUAGGCCCAUCCAUCCGUUCCCAAUUCGGCAGCGUUCCGCAUUUCGUCAACAACUUCUCUUCCGCCGCCAGAGGGAUGUCGGGGUCAGGAUAUAUCUGGCUUGUCACGGACGCCCUAGGUAACCUUGCUAUCCAGCCCACCUUUGCGGCUGGCACACUACUCGUUCGCUCGCGUGCGUGCACAGAAGACCCUGCGGGUCAUCAUGAGGUACUUCACGAGGGCAGGUUCCGCGACGGCCCUCAGCCGACGCGCUUGAAUACAGGGCUGGGCAACACUCCGACAUCGCCCACGUCAGGCAUGUCGCAGGGCCCUGCGCCACUGCACCCCUCCGCCCCCGUACGGACGCUGCACUCGUCACCGCGCAGUUACCUAGACGGCGCGCGUUCCUUUUAUGAUAGUGAGCUCGCAAAUCGGUCGCUCGACCCUUCCGCGGGGAAUCUACGUGACUUGGGCGAAAAGAUCUACCCCCUGUUCUGCGUCAGCAUUCACGAGCAUUGCUGGCUUCUCGACCACGGAGUGUGGGGCAAGGAGAAAUAUAUGAAGGAGUUUUGGAGCGUGGUGGACUGGAAAACGGUUAACGAACGAUACCUAACAUUCACAAAAGCGACAUUUGGCUCUCAGCCAAUGCGAAUGUAG